UUUCUGCAGAGUUGGGGAAUUGACACACACACACACACACACACACACACCCUGUGUCUGCGUGUGUGUGAGGUGCCACAUCGAAACGGAGUAUAAACCCUCGGAAAAUGAGCAUCAUGUUGUUCAUCCUGCUGCAGUUGUUUGCUCUUGUUUCGUGCUCUCCUCGGCGUUGUGAUCCAGGGAUCCGAGGGCUGUGCAAGCCAACAGUGGAAGAAAAACCCAAAUGCACAGAUGUGUCACUCUCCUACUGCGAUGACAUGCCCUACACUCAGACCAUGUUCCCAAACAUCCUCGGCCACAAGACCCGUGAAGACGCAGAGGCGGGCGCCGAGUAUCUCCUCAUGAGCGUGGUUGAGUCUCUUCUCGGUGGGGAGUGCAACCCCGAGAUCCGAAUGCUUGGCUGCUCUGUGUUGACUCCGCGCUGUGAGAAGCAGAAGGUGCUGAGGCCCUGUUGGACCACCUGCGAGGCGGUGCGUAAAAGAUGCAGCCACGCUUUCGAUGCCAUAGACAUGGCUUGGCCUUACUUUUUGGACUGUGAUCGCUUCUUUGUCAGUGACGAAGAGGAAUGUUAUGAUCCGCUGGAGGGCCUCAAAGCAGAGCAGAAUGAAGAAGCCGUUGACAGCAUGGAAAUCCCUCCUCCUGAGGACCUCGCUACCACGAUACAGUUCAGCUAUCACACCAACGCUCAGAUGAUCACCACCUUAAAGAAAGUCGAGGAACGAUGCUCCGACAUAGCAACGACUUACAGCAUCGGCCGCAGUAUGGAGGGCAGGGAGCUGCUCGUGAUCGCGUUCUCGGUCAACCCUGGCGAACAUGAACUGCUCGAGCCUGAGCUAAAGUACAUCGGCAACAUGCAUGGAAAUGAAGUCCUGGGUCGGCAGCUGCUGAUCUACUUGGCUCAGUACCUGUGCUCGGAGUAUCUGCUGGGGAAUGAGCGCAUCCAGACACUUAUCAACACAACCCGCAUCCAUAUUCUGCCCUCCAUGAACCCUGAUGGAUAUGAGGUGGCUGUUGCUGGACUCCAGGACAAUGCAGGCAAUGAUGAUGAGGAGGGUCCUCGAUAUGACUCUUCGAACAUCGGAAGGAACAAUGCUCAGAACGUCGACCUGAACAGAAACUUCCCAGAUUUGACGACCAUUGUUUACAGCAGACGCAAACGAAAGGGCGCCCGCACCGACCACAUCCCAAUCCCAGACUAUUACUGGUUUGGUAAGGUCGCGCCUGAGACUUACGCUGUCAUGAAGUGGAUCCGCUCCAUCCCGUUUGUGCUCUCCGCUAACUUUCACGGCGGAGACCUGGUAGUGUCUUACCCAUACGAUCUGUCCAAACACCCGCUGGAGCGCAACAUGUUCUCCCCGACGCCGGACGAUCAGGUAUUCAAGUUUCUUGCAAAAACAUAUGCAAAUGCCCACGAAUCAAUGCACCUUGAAAGCGCCCAGUGUGGAUCGUCAAGCUCUAACAGUCAGAGAGGAAUCAUUAAUGGAGCACAGUGGUCCAGCAUUGCAGGCAGCAUGCAAGACUUCAACUAUCUUCACACCAACUGUUUUGAGGUGACCGUGGAGCUGGGCUGUGAUAAGUUCCCUCCUGAAGAGGAAUUGUUUAUCGCCUGGCAUGAUAACCACGAUGCUUUAAUCACAUAUAUGGAAACAGCCCAUCGAGGCAUCAAAGGCAUUGUCCAAGACGAGGAGGGAAAUGGAAUCAAAGGCGUUCGAAUAUCAGUGAGAGGAAUACGGCAUGACGUGACCACAGCUGAAAACGGAGAGUACUGGCGCCUCCUCACACCUGGCAUCCACAUCGUAAGCGCCACGGCCCCGGGCUACGCCAGAGCUAUGAAGAAAGUCCACCUCCCUCCUCGCAUGUAUAAAGCAGGCCGGGUGGACUUUUUGCUGGUGAAAGCCGUUCCAGAUCCUGAAGUGCAAGUGCAGGAUGACACCAUCUUGUCUAUAGACAGCUACGACCGCUUUGACCCUUAUAAUCAGUACGAGCGCUACACCCUGAUGGCUGACGUGAGCCAGAACCAAGAGGUGAGAGAGGAGAAGCCCUGGUGGUGGAACUAUUUUGCCCAGCCGGGAGGACCUGCACCAACCUGGCUGCUCAAACACUAUUAGAGCUUUAAUUUAGCAUAUACACACACCAGCUGAGCUAUCAUGUAAUGAAUGUGCUACAUUUUUAUUGGUGUUGAAGUGUCAAAGCUAGGUUGCUGGCCUUCAUGUUGCCUUGCACGCUCUAAUCUACGUGUGCUCUGUUUGGCCCAAAGUUGAAAUUAUAAUGUAAGCUUCUUACGAGCUUUUCAGUUAAUGACCACGAUGAAAUGAAGUUUGUUAAAGACAAAUUUCAAAGCAGAAAUAAAUACCCUUUAUGUGAUUUU